GUAAUUUCUUUAUUCCAAGCUCCCAAGCUUCCAAGGACACAGAUUUAUUUUGCAAAAUGCCGAACUAAAACGCAAAACAAUAAAAAAUGACAGCUGGAUCUUCAAAAGGGGAGAAGGCAGACCCAGAGGUAGUCGAGAAGAUCAUACAAGAGUUAAAAUCUAAAGGGUACUUUGACCAGUUCCGAAAAGAAUUCGUCGCAGAUGCAGACACAAAGCCUGCAUAUCAUAACCUUCAACAGAGAGUGGAAUCGUAUGUGGGCCGUUAUCUUAGCCAGCAAACAUGGAGUCCAAAUCUCAACAAAAACCAGCUCAGAGAAAACCUGAGGAGACAGAUAAAUCAGACUGGUAUGUUAAACAAGGGUGUGGAGAGAAUAGUCGAGCAAAUUGUCAACCCAAAGAUUAUGCAACUGAUUAAGCCAAGGACAGAUGAGGUUACGUGCGACUUUCUUGGAAUCAGCCUCACGGAACACAAGAACGCCUUGAAGAAGAAACAACAAGAACACCAUGAGCAACUGCUGAAGUCGCCAGACACACCGGGACAGUACAUGAAUCUUCAGUUUAGCUCACCACCACCUGGGUCUGGAGGGCAGACGUUCACCAACACCAGUUCCCCCGCCCUUCCUCCUGGCCAGUUCCUUCUCCCGACAACCUUACCCCCAGGACAGUUUAACCCAGCAGGUCUCCUGGGUCAAGGCCCUGGCCAACAGACUGGUUCUUCAUUCCCCACAGCUCCUACUGGCCUCACUUUCCCAACUGGCAUCAGUCAACAGAAUUUUCCAUUCCUGCCUCAGGGCUGGAAUGCUUCUCUGACAGCUGGUUUUCCGCCCAUGUUUAACCCUAGUGGACAGCUGACCAACCCGUUCCAGGGAUUUCCCCUCCCCCCUCCUGGUGCAGGAAUAACUGUACCACCCCCAGCUGCUGCGGGAAUUAUUCCUGGCCUCACACCUGCAAGUCUAGCCUAUACUAUAUUGCAGACCAAAAUGUCACCGGCUAAAGGACUGAAUGCAUUACUUGGUUUGCCUACCCCAUCAGGUGACCUGAUACCUGGCAUGACCCUCUAUCUACCAGACAGUUCCCACAUGCAAAAGAAGAAGUCGUCCGACGAUGGGCGAGAUGAACAUAGCAGCGAGGGGACCAAGGAAGACAAGGAGCUUGAUCUUGAAGAUAUGAAGGUUGUUGAUGAAUAUGUAGCAGAAGGGGAUAUUUCCUUGGAGGACAUUCCAAUGCCUGAAGGAGAGACGGAUGACGCAGAAAAGGCCGUCAAUGAACAGAUCCGGAAAGCCUUCCACGAAGAACUGGCUAAAGCAAAGGGUGACGGCACCGGCAGGGGGCAGACUGGGAUAUCUACCAAGCGGCCAUACAAGUUUGCAUGGAAUGAAGAUAUUCAGGAAGUGGAGCUGGAAGAUUCAGAUGUGUUGAGUGAUGUUAGCUCUGUACACACAAGUGACCUUUCAAACUUUGAUGAGAGCGAGAAUAGUGAUGCGGACAGUGACCUUGUUUUUCUACAGUCCCGCCUUGAACAGCUGCAUAGAGAGAAAGAACAAGCAGUGGCUAAAGAAAAGGAAAUAAAGCAAUCUCUAGAAGCAGCAGCCAAAGAGAGCCAAGAGGCGGAGUUGGUCAGCCAAUCAGCUGUGAGCACUGAUGUAGCUCCUCCACCUGAACCCAGCCCAGUGAAAACAGCCCUGCCCACUGGUCAGGAAGCAGCGAUCACAGCUGACACAACAGGUACCUCGCCAGCUACCUCUAAGAAGCCUCGGAAGCUUGUGUCGCUCCAGUACAAUUUCAGCGAUAGUGAGGACGAGGAAUCAAGGGAGGAAAGAAAGGCCAGGAUUGCCAAAGAGAAAGAAGAGAGGUACCAGAAAAGGCUGCAAAGGAGAGCUGAGUUGGAAACCAAAAGAAAGGAACGGGAAGAAGAGAAAUUAAGACAUAAACUGGAAAGAGCAAAAGCAAAGGAAGAAGAAAAGAGAGAAGCUAGAGGUAAGCAAGAAGAAGAAGAUAAGAAAUCUGACAUGGAAAAAAUGAAAGUAAAAGAUGAAGAAGAUGAAACUGACAAGAAAAAUGGCAUUGAAAAAAACAGUGUGAUUGAGAAAAAUGAGGCUGAAGAAAAGAAAAUUGAGAAUGGAGAAACUUGUGCAAAAGAUGAAGAGGAAGGGAAAGUUGGAGAUGAACAGAUGAAGAUAGCAGCACAAAAGGAUGACCAAAUGACUGAGGUUAAGACGAUUGUUAAAGAUGAGGUGGCUGAAGUGCAAGUGAAACAAAGAAAAGAGGUUCAAGGAAGUGGUGAAGAAAUUGUAGAAAAUAAAACUGAGGAUGAGAAGAUUGUUGCUAAUGAAGAGGUAGCAGUAGAAAAUGAGUCAGAAGAAACCAGUCAGAAAGACAAUGUUGUUAAGUCAAAUGAUGUUGAUGAAAAGGAUGUGAGUGAAAUUGAUGAAAAGUCAGCGGGUGAAACUGAGGAAAAGUCAGAAAAUGUAUCUGCAAAAGAAGACACAAAACUGACUGAGACAUUGAAAGAAAAAUCUGAAAACAAACAAGAGAUGGUAAAAGAAGAAACUGGAGUCAAUGAAAACAAUGAAGAGACAGCAUUAGAAAAGCAACACUCUACAACACCUGAUGCAGAGAUUGAUGUCUACAAACAAGCUGAAAUAACUGAGGACAAAGCAGUAGAUAGUAUUGUAGCCAAGGAAGAACAUAUUGAAUCUAAUGCAAAGUCAGAUAAACAAGAAAAAGUUGAAAGUGAUGAUAAAACGGACGUAGAGGAGUCAGAAAUUGGGGAAACAAAAGAAUUGAGUAAUACAGACAAGAUAAUAGAAGGUACAGACAAGACAAUAGAAGAUAAACCAACACAAGUAGCCAUGAUUCAAGCUACUGAAGAAGAGGGAGAAGAAAAAGAAUCAGAAGAAGUAACAGAAGCAAACACCAGCAUCACUACAGAGACAUCUGAUGCUGCUGAAGAUGUAAGUGCUGCAUCUCUUGACACAAGUGUUGCUGAGUCUCAUGCUGAAGUAGAGAACAGUGGAACUGACUCCAAAGACUCUAAGGAUCCACAUGAUACCAGUAUGGCUGAAUCGGAAUUCAAUGAAGCUGCUAACACCAGUAUGGCGGACACCCAGGCUGGAGCUGACUCGAGUGUGGGAGAGGGGAGCUCUCCAGACAAGAAGGAGAGAAAGAAGAAAAAAACGAAGGAAGAACUGAAGGCGGAGCUGAAAGAACAGAAGGUGAUGGAGAGAAGGAGUAGAAGGCAAAAAAGCAGGAAUAAAAGGUUUCUAUCUGAUGAGUACGAGUACAAGGAGCCAGGGACCAACCUGAGCCAAGGUUACGGGGACAUGAUGGUCAUUGAGGAGACUGUAGAGAUGGAGAUAGAAACAGACCCCAACACUGUGGAGUUUAACAAUGAAGAGAUCCAGCUGGUGGAGAUUCCCCUUCCGGAGGCGGUCGGGGAGGGUGAAGGUCAGGCACCAGUUACCAUGGAGACGGUAGAGUUCACAGAGAUUGCAGGAGAGGGCGAGCUUGUCACAACAGAGGAUGGGGAGACAUACAUAUUGCAGACGAGUGGGGGAGAUGAUAUACAGUAUACUGAGGAUGGCACUGAGACAUAUAUGACAGAUGGGACACAGCUAUUGGAGGUAACACAAGCUGACACAACUGCUGCUGCGGAGACCAUCCGGGUGACACGCUCCCGAAGCAAGGUGAACGAGGAAACCAAGAGCACGUCGAGUGAGGUGUCUGACCAGUCUGGUGGUGGGGCAGACAGCCGACGGAAACGAAAACGGCAUGGAAGCCAUGCAGACAUUGCUGAACCAGUCAGCAAGAAAUCUUUGCCAACCAGUCAAGCUGAGGGGAGACAACUCAGAAGUAAUACAGAGGGCAAGUACGAUAGAGCAGAAAACAAAUCUAGGAAGAGCUACAACACAAACGACCUGUACAAACCACGACACUCAUUCUCUCGGAAGUCUUUGACCACCCCACCCCCACUUCCCAGCGAGCCCCCACCCCCUCCUAAGGAAUCUUCACCCCCUCCCCUGCCCCCUCUGCCUCCACCCCCCACAGAGACAAACAUUGCAGCAGAGAAGUCUGACCUCCCUCUUGCCCCUGCCUCACCAAGUGGUUCAGAAAGCUCACAUACAACAGUGAGUAGCAAGGCUUCAAGCAAGAAAAGGAAAAGGGAAUCAAGAUCAAAAUCCAAGUCCAAAUCUAGGUCACCUAAGAGAAGCAGAACAGCAGAUAAGUCAAAAGACUCAAGUAAAUCAAGUAGGUCAAGGUCUUCCAGAAGAAGUAGUUCAUCUUCAAGCAAAUCAUCUUAUUCCAAGAAAGGGAAGUCAAAUAAGAGCAAGUCACGAUCAAGGUCACUCUCCUCAAUAAGCAGUGAAUCAAGGUCAAGGUCACAUUCCUACAGCAGAUCAAGAUCAUAUUCAAGGUCAAGGUCUCGAUCAAGGUCCACAUCUGGCUCUAGGUCCGUCUCAAGGUCACGUUCAAGGUCUAUCUCUUCAAUAUCUUCUAAGUCAUCUUUCUCAGAGGAUUCAGAAGCAGAGAGGAGGCGCAAAGCUCGGCCUGUGGCAUUUGUGGAUUUUGGAGAGGCAGCCAAGCGUGCGAGGCAGCAGGCAAUGAUUCCUCCCCCAUUUGGUCCCCGCGGGCCAGUUGGGCCUUUGGGACCACGCCCACCACUUGGGCCUUUGGGUCCGAGAGGACCUAUGCCUCCUGGACCUUUCCCAAUGAGGCCCAUGCCACCGAUGGUUCGAGGUCCACCAAGGGGACCCUUGGUAAGAGGGAGGUACCCAUCCCCCAUGCAUGGCCCAGAUGGAUCCCCUUGGGGUCCCGGAAUGUCUCCAGGGAAGCCCUACUAUCCCCCUGGCCCUGGGGGCCCAAGACACGCCAGGCCUGAUCCUUGGGGGAGACCCUUUGAAUAUGGAGAGGAUGACUUCUAUGCCCCAGACGAGGGGCCCGGAAAGACGGGUGUAACAAAGAGGGGGACCCUCUACCGUGAGGACACCAGCCCCUCACCACCUCCAGAGAGACGCCCGAUGUAUUCCCCACCACCUGUGUACCUCGAGGAUUCCCUUUCCCCACCCACGCGUACCGGGGUCACAGAACGGGGAACUCUGUACCGGGAAGAUGCCUCUCCAUCCCCACCUCCUGUCAUGCAUAGGCGUUACCUCGAACAUUCACCCUCACCAGAAUUCAGUGGAAGAAUGCGACGGAUUAGGGAAUCACUAACGCCAUCACCACCCCCUUUGAUUGCUAGACGCCGAACACACAGAGAGAGCAGGACAGACUCAUAUGAAUCUAUCUCACCCUCACCGCCACCACACGGACUGGUGGCUAGACGGUUCUCCCCUUCCCCACCCCUCCUACGUGACUCACCUCCAGUGCUACAUAGAAAUAGGGCCCCCAUGAUGACCGGAACGCCAUCCCCGCCUUCCUCUGGUGAGCUCACUCCCUCCCCACCAGACCUACGUGGGCGGGGCAAAUCACCUGUCAGCCCUGGACCCCUUGGGCCAGUCUCGCCACUCACUCCCAUGGCAGGAGAGGAUAUAAUUGAUUCAGAUUCUGAGGCUGGUAUUAUUACUGAACCGUCUCCACCAGUAAGGAAAUCAAAACGAAAACGUCGACGAGAUGUUGUGUCCCCUGCCUCAUCGACUGGUGAAAUUAUUGAAAUUCCUGUAGUGUCUCACAGAAAGACAAGGAAACAAAGCGUUCUUGAGGCGGGAGAAAUGCAGGAGGAAUUCCCAAUCUUGACACGCUCCCAACGAGAACUCGGUGAACCUUCGGGUGAGGUCAGACCUCCAAAAUCAAAGUCAAAGAAAAAGAAAAAACAUUCUCACAGAUAGAUAGCACAUUCACAGUAGAUUAACAUUGUGGUAAUAUGACUGUACAGAAAUCGAUUAUUUGAUGGUUAAUUACCCAUUUUUGCCAUAUAUAAUAUUUGAUUAUUUGCAAGAAGCUUGUAGGUUUUACAUUGCUGAUAUAUAUCAUUAAUGUUGAUAAUGAUUUUAUCUUAAUAUUGCAUUUUUGUCUCAAAUAAAAUCAUUAAAACUAAAGCAUUUUAUGCUUUGGACAAUUAAAUUGUAAAAUACAUGUGUAUUACUUCAAGUAAUAAUGUACUCCUUUGAAUCUAUUUUUCCAUCUCUAUGUGAAAUAUCUAUUCACCAUUGUGUUCAUGAGCUUUUCCAAUUUAAGUUAUUUAUGACAGUGUAAAAUUCAUAACUAUGUUAGUUCUUGUUUUUGCUCUGUAGAAGUCGAUGUUCUUGUGAUAUUAAAGAGUAGAAUGGCA